AUACCCCACGUGGACUCCGGAUGCUUUGUCUGGGGCAGGAGCGGCGCGCUCUGUGUCCCUGGCCCCGGCGCAGCCCUGCGAGUGUCUUGCCUCUGGACGGGAAAGGGAAUGACCAAACAAAACCCGAGUGUAAACCUUGAAAAGAGGUUCCCGGCGGCGCCUCGGGCGCGAAGCCUCCCCGGGGCCGAUCCGGAAGGACGAGGUGGCCGGAGCAGGGGGAGAAUGAAGCGCUGACGACUCCAGACAGAAGAUUCGCCACCGCUGAGCGAGACUCACCUGCGCGCCAGAGCCCCAAGAGCCCCCAAAGCCUCCAGCCCUGCCCACAGCCCCCAGCUACUGCCCGCCGGCAGCCCCUGCCCCAGGCCGGGGGGCUCGGCCCGGCGGGAUCCCACCGGGAUGAACAUGGUAAAGAGCCCGGAGCAGCUGGAGCAGCGGCUGGCGGGGAUGGUGGCUGUCCGGGAGAAGUCUGCAGCCUGGUCUGCGCUGGGAGAGGAGGGGCCGGAGACCAUAAAAAAGGAAAAGAGCCACGAGCAGGAUGAGGCGGACUGUAGGGCGAAGCUGAUCCUCAUCAACGGGGACAAUGCACCUGGCGUUGUACUGGAGGCAAAUGGGAAGCCCAGAUCUCCAGAUUCCAGGGGCCUGGAGCUGCUGCCCCUGAAAAAGGAGGACAGCAAUGGAGACCUGUCCAAGGAGGACGUGGCCUGGCCGCUGGAUCUGACCUCAGUGCAGAGAGCAGGGCGGACCCGGCACGAGAUGCGGAUCAAGGAACCAGCACGCAGCGUGGAGACUCUCAGGGACCUGCCAACUCCCGUGCGGAGCUCCAGGCGCCGCUCAGCCGUGUCCACACCCGUGACCAUCGACCUGACAGAGGAUGACUCCCAGGACUCAUCCCAGAGCAGCAGCACGCUCUCUGGUAGCAGCUCCCAGGAGGGGCAGAACGGCUCUGCUGAGCUGGGGGCAGAGGAGUCAGAGAGCAGAGACGUGGGCACGGUGCUGGAAUACCAGGAUGGGAAGGAGUUUGGAAUUGGGGAGCUCGUCUGGGGAAAGAUCAAAGGUUUUUCCUGGUGGCCUGCGAUCGUUGUCUCCCACAGAGCCACGGCCAAGCGCCAGGCAGUCUCGGGCAUGCGGUGGGUGCAGUGGUUUGGAGAUGGGAAGUUCUCUGAGGUUUCUGCAGACAAACUGGUGGGAUUGAUGGCCUUUAGGCAGCAUUUCAACUCCUCCACGUUCAACAAGCUGGUGUCCUACCGCCGCGCCAUUUACCACGCCCUGGAGGUUGCCCGGAGCCGGUCGGGGAAGACGUUUACAACCGGCCCCAGGGAGUCACUGGAGGAGCAGCUGAAGCCCAUGAUCGACUGGGCAAUCACUGGAUUCAAACCCCUGGGGCUCAAGGGACUGCGGCCACCCAAAGGCUCAGAGAAUGGGAUGCUGAAGAAUGGGACAGAGGAGGUGGUGUCCCUUGAACAGUGUCCUCCCACCAAGAGGCUGAAGACCUACCCCUGCAACAACGGCAAGGAGCAGCGUGUGGAAGAGGACCAGACCCGAGAGCAAAUGGUUUCUGAAGCUACGAACAACAGUGGGAAGCUGGAAGAGAGCUGUUUGUCCUGCGGGAGGAGGAACCCGGCCACCUUCCACCCUCUAUUCAAGGGGGGCCUCUGCCAGACGUGCAGGGAUAGAUUCCUGGAGUACUUCUACAUGUAUGACGAAGAUGGGUACCAGUCCUACUGCACCGUCUGCUGCGCAGGCAAGGAGCUGCUGCUCUGCAGCAACGCCAGCUGCUGCAGGUGCUUCUGUGUGGAGUGUCUGGAUGUGCUGGUGGGGCGAGGGACGUCGUCCAGAGUGAAAGAGCAGGAGCCCUGGAACUGCUACAUGUGCCAGCCCCUGCAGAACCACGGCGUGCUGCAGCGCCGGCAGGACUGGAACACUCGUCUGCAGGACUUCUUCACCAGUGACAAGGGACAGGAAUAUGCUGCACCCAAAAUCUACCCAACAGUUCCUCCAGCAAAGAGGAGACCAAUUCGAGUGCUCUCGUUGUUCGAUGGGGUGGCAACAGGAAAUCCAGGAGCGGCCACAUCGAGCGGUGCUGACGAAGGAGACUUGGAGGCUAAAGAGAGCAGUGCGACCUCAGACCUCUGUCCGUUGGCAGGGUACACGGUGCUGAAGGACUUGGGCAUCCAAGUGGAGAAGUACAUUGCCUCAGAGAUCUGCGAGAACCCCAUCGCUGCGAGCACCGUGCGGCCCGAGGGCAACAUCACCUACGUGCACGAUGUCAGGAACAUAACCAAGAGAAAUAUUGAGGAGUGGGGUCCCUUUGACCUGGUGAUCGGUGGGAGCCCCUGUGACGACGUCUCACUUGUCAAUCCAACCAGGAAAGCACUGUUUGAAGGAACCGGGAGGCUGUUCUUCGAGUUCUACCACCUGCUCAACUACGCUCGUCCCAAGGCAGGCGAGGAGCGGCCCUUCUUCUGGAUGUUUGAGAAUGUGGUGGCCAUGAGGAUCAACGACAAGAGGGACAUUUCCCGGUUUCUGGAGUGUAACCCAGUUAUGAUUGAUGCGAUCAAGAUAUCAGCUGCCCACCGAGCUCGUUAUUUUUGGGGCAACCUCCCUGGGAUGGACAGGAUCUUCGGCUUCCCCCUCCCCUACACGGAUGUCUCCAACAUCAGCCGUGGGACUCGCCAGAAGCUGCUGCGGGGAUCGUGGAACGUCCCCGUCAUCCGGCACCUCUUCUCCCCACUCAAGGAUUACUUUGCCUGUGAAUAGCAAACGGAGCGUCCCUCGUCUCUCUGCUUUGCCAGAGUGAUUAUCAUGCUGUCCAUGAAGUCCUGGGCACGCUGAGCCUGUGGCCACCGGGAAGGUGCAUGUGCCUGUGUCCAUUUCUGCCAGGUUCUCUGUAGCCACCGGGCUGCUGCUCCAGCAGGCAUCUCUGGGGAUUCUGAAUUCCAAUGCACAUUUCAAUGCACUGAAACGAACUCCCCCCAUGGUCCCUCUGUCCUCCCCUACCUCUGCUGUUCACCUGUCGCCUGGCUCUGGAAGAGCCCUUUGACACCUCAAAAUUAUUCAGGUUCAAGCCAUGGGCCAGUCCUCCACCCAGUCAAUGCCAGGCUGCCUUGCUCUCCUGCAAGGUGCUGUACAGCGUCACUGGGGGAAGCCCUUCUCUCCCAGCUCCUUCUACCUCUCUGGCACCCCUGUCCUUGUGGUGGAGGACAGCAGCCUCACAUUUUCCACCCUGGUGUGCAGUUUUCCAUUCCAGCUCUGAGGACCGUCUUCUCUUGGUCUCCAGUCCAAGGCUGUGCUUGGGAAUGGACAGCAAGGGAAGCCCAGGUAGUUUAAAGGCUUUUUCUUCCUGUUUUAACCUCGAGAUUACUCCUUAGAGAGAACUCCUUGGGAGUUCAUUCUUGUGACUU